CUCUCUUGUUAUUCGCCUUUUUGUGACGAAUGCAAGUGCGUUUAUCGAAAAAAAAACCGCCCACAAUCAGUGAUUUGUCAAAGUUUAACUAUAUCCAUCAAUUCCAGGCGUCAGCAUAAAUAACUAAGAGGUGUUUUUUUCGAAAAAUCACCUUGCAGUAAAUUUGGGGUUAGUUUCUGAAUUAACUUUCUGACAGUUGUUUUGACGUUUCUCCGUCGCCAUCGUGGAUUCGUGGGCAAUCUUCGAGUGUGACAGUGUUCUGCCAUAUUGUGUGGUGGAUAUACAAGAUUUUUCAACAAUUCCUUUAUUACGUUUUUCGACUAAAAACCCGUCCAGUCGAUGAGAAAAUCUAAGUGUUUAUGAAGUGAAAAUAAUUAUCAAUCAGUUCCGGUUGUGAGAGAGGAUUUGUUAAAGAUUCGGGACCUCGAACACAAAGCUGCAAAAUGUCGGCAGGUCCCUAUAAUUAUUCCUACAUUUUCAAGUAUAUCAUCAUAGGUGAUAUGGGAGUAGGAAAGUCUUGCCUACUUCAUCAGUUUACAGAAAAGAAAUUUAUGGCUGAUUGUCCUCACACGAUUGGUGUCGAGUUUGGUACUAGGAUUAUUGAAGUAGCCGGUCAAAAAAUUAAAUUACAGAUAUGGGAUACUGCCGGCCAGGAGCGGUUUAGGGCCGUUACUAGGUCAUAUUAUCGUGGCGCAGCUGGUGCGCUGAUGGUGUACGACAUAACACGUCGUUCCACUUACAAUCACCUGAGUAGCUGGCUCACGGAUACAAGAAACCUCACAAACCCAAGCACUGUGAUAUUUAUGAUUGGAAAUAAAAGCGAUUUGGAAGAACAGAGGGACGUGACUUACGAGGAGGCGAAGCAAUUCGCUGAUGAAAAUGGUCUCAUGUUCGUCGAAGCUAGUGCAAAGACAGGUCACAAUGUCGAGGAAGCUUUCCUGGAAACGGCGAAGAAAAUUUUCCAGAGCAUAGCUGACGGCAGAUUGGAUUUGAAUGCUGCCGAGUCAGGAGUGCAGCACAAUCCAAGUCAGCCAGGGCGCAAUAACUUACAAGUGAACAGUGAGCAACAAGGAGGCAAAGACUCUUGCUCCUGUUAGGCCAUUAUUUGUCUGUAUAUAGGCCCCUUACUGCAUUGACAGUUAACACUAAUAAUUACAUUCAUACAUACAUUUAUAUAAUAUAUGUAAAUAUAUAUAUGUAUAUAUAUAUAUAUAUAUAUAUUUAUAUAAAUAUAUAAGUAUAUAUACAUAUAAUUAACACUGAAUACUGCAAGAAAAAAUUUGUCCUCUUUUAACUGUGGACUUUUGGAAAAAGCAUAUAUAUUAUGUAAAUGCUGAAGAAUGAAUGUUGUAUAGAAUGUUCUUUUUUUUUGUUCCACUGGAAAACGUGCAGUUUGCAGAACUGAGUAAAAUAACCGAAUGGAAAAAUCAUCAUCACUUUUUAUGAUUGUACUGUAUCGAGAAUCCAAGGAUAUUAAUAUUUACGAAUUGUGAUGCGUUGCAAUGCUUAUUUAGGGUUUUCUUUUUUUUUUUUUUCGAUUUAAUUUUGGGAUCAAAUCCGGAUGAGUUUUAUCUCUCGAAUUCCGUGUCUUGUGAAAUGUGUAAGAAGCCGCGAAGAAGAAGAGUCGUGGCGCGAUUAUCUAGUUGUUGCUCGUGUCUUGUGCUAAGUACUAAUCAAUUGUGUUGUUGCACACGAGAAAUUGUAUAGGCGUCCAGUUUAGAAUAUAAUUCUGUUCAUUCCUCAGUGUGCUGUCAGAACCAAACCGCAAGGUCCCAUCUUUGGUGUAAGUUCGAACUAUUAAAAUUGUCCGAUCGAACUCGGAUUCGAGAAAAUCUUGUUUGAACAGAUUGCGAGUGAUUGUAUUUCAAAGCUGAAAUAGACUCGCUAACUUUUAAUCAGACGUUUUGCUUUCUCUGUUUAUUGGGAACACCUGGGCAUUUGUAUAUUAUAAAAUAGUUUAAAAAAGCAGUACUUCAAAAAUUUGGCAUCAGUGAUUUGGAAUCAGUGAUUGGGCCUAAAUGAUGGAGAUCUGGGUUAAAGGGGCACCAUGUUGAUAGUUUUAUUAUAAAUCAUAUCAAAGGAAGAAGACCCAUUAAUGAAGACUUUAUAAGAAGUUGAACAGUAUUUCGAUUUAUGGAUAUAAUAAUAUAAAAGGAGAAUUUUAAAGAAACGAAACUUCAUAUAGUUAUUCACGUUAGAGAAUUGAAACUUUAGGAGUCUGGAAAAAUGUUCUUUAUUAUCUAAGGCAUAGAUGUUUUUGUUUUUAAUAAGUCGUCGAACGUUCUACAUUUGUAUCAACGAUCAAUCGCUAUAUGCAAUAUACAGGAUAAAUUUCA